AUGGCCUCUUCCGAUAACGCCGAGCUGCUUGCCCAACUCAAGAAGAAGGGCUGGACCCAUGUGCGCAAGUUUGCGCCGGUGUGGGCUCAGAAGCUGACGGUCGCCACCGAAGUCCACACGCUCGAGGGCGUCGAGCGCGCCCCCGCCGGCCACAUGCUCUGCCGCGGCGUCGCCGGCGAACUGUGGCCGCAGCAGGAGGAGCGGCUGCUGGCCAAGUACAAGCCGACCGGCACCUAUGACGGGCCGUGGCGCAAGUACGUGCCCGACCCCAAGCAGCAGGGCUUCUUCGCCUCCCCGGCGCCCCACGACUUCGUCCUCCACACCUCCUACGGCGUCAUGCACGGCAAGAAGGGCGACUACGUCCUCAAGAACUUUGCGGAUGGCAAUGUGGAGGUGCCGAGGGACGUGUGGGUGGUGGACCGGAAGCUGUUCAACAGGACCUACACCAAGAUGAUCACCCAGACGGACGUGGGCGCCAUCUCGGCUUUCCUCAAGCUCUCCGGCGCCGGCGCGGCCGAACAGCAGAAGCUGCCCCAGGCCUAA